ACUCAAACCCAUAAAUUUGUUUGCGCUUCGGCCCCACGCUUUUAGCCUUAUAAAAAUACUUUCGAGUCCGUCUUUCUUUCCUCUCGUGAUUAUUCUCCUUCGUGGCCCCGACUCCACUUCCUCCUCCCUCUUCCCCCGCUCGAAUUUGCUCCUGUUCAACUCUUCCCGAAUCCCUCUCCGUCUGCCCCACGGUAGGCCUGUAUCUCGAGUUUCAGCUUCUCCCAGCUCUCAAGUCCCCAAUUGCUAGGCGGCGUCCUGUUGCCAUGGAGUUCUUUUGAUCGAACGCCGAGGGGCUAGAAGAAGGGGGGAAACGAUGGAUUACGGCCCUUCUGAUAGCAGCGGCACAGAUGAUGAUCUUCCUCCUCCUCACCAAAACAGGAUCGCAAGAGGAGGAACAAGAGUUGCUGGAAAUGGCAGACCUGCUAUGAUGGGUAGUUUGCCCUAUAAUAGAAUGCAAAACGACAUGGAGAGCGAGAUACAUUGGUUGGAACAAGAGGCAUAUAGUUCAGUUUUGAGGGCUUUUAAGGCACAGGCUGAUGUCAUCACCUGGGAACAAGCAGAGUUAAUGGCAGCUCUGAGAAAAGAAUUAAGAGUGUCUGAUGAUGAACACAGGGAACUUCUGGGGCGAGUAAAUGCAGAUGAUAUGAUAAGGAGAAUAAGGGAAUGGAGGCAAGCAGGAGGGGUCCAACAUGGCAUUCAUGGUGCUGGACCACCUGGUCAUGAACCUGCACCUAGUCCUACAGUGUCAGCUUCUCGAAAGAAACAAAAGACCUCUCAUUCUGUAGCCUCCGUCUCUUUGGGUGCACCAUCACCUGCGAUGCAUCCCCGAACAGCUGCUGCACCUGUGCAGCCAUCAUCAUCAGCAGCAAAACGUGGAGCUGUGGUAGGAGCUGGGGGCAAGAAGCCUAAAUCUGGUCACACAGCAGUUGGUGUCAGCUCAACCAAGCAGGGGCAAUAUCCCUCUGGUGGACCUGUUGGAAGGGGUCAAGCUGCAAACCGGGGGUCAUCUGGUGCUCUUGCAAAUGAAUCUACAGCAGCUGCUUCCUUUGAUCCACUAAUUGGCCGGAAAGUAAUGACAAGGUGGCCUGAAGAUAACAAUUUUUAUGAAGCCGUUAUCACUGAUUAUAAUCCUAAGGAGGGUCGGCAUGCUCUAGUUUAUGACAUAAAUACAAAUAGAGAAACAUGGGAGUGGGUCAAUCUUAAAGAGAUAUCUCCUGAGGACAUCCGAUGGGAGGGUGAGGAUCCUGGUAUUUCUCAUCGUGGGCGUGGAGGACCAGGACGUGGAGUUAAGAAAUCAAUGGCUCGUGGUGGUGCUGUGGUUGGAGUGGGGAGGGGAAGGGGUACUCCAAAGACCCAGUCUAAGAAAGAAUAUGCUCCAACUCAAAAUGGCAUUGGUAAGAAGGGUCCUGACAAGAUUGAAAUACUUCACACAGAAUCCCUUAUUAAAGAGGUUGAAAGGAUUUUCCAUGGAAGUCAUCCUGAUACAGCGGAGAUGGAAAAGGCAAAGAAAUUGCUGAAAGAGCAUGAACAAACGCUUCUUGAUGCCAUCUCAAGCAUUGUCAGGCUGGAGGAUGCAUCAGACGGUGAAAGUGAAGAGGGUGAACACCGAUUUUCACAUGACCAUUCUGUUGAUCGGGAAAGAGGAUGGAGGAAUCAACAAUAUGGUGGGAACCAGCAAAAUGCAGAAUUUGAGGACGAUACAGCUGGUGUAGGGCGAGGCGAAGGCUCAGAUGGGAAUGGCAUGGUUGGAGAAGGUGGAGCUGCUUCUGAUGAUCAGCAAGAUGGCGAUGAUGGUGAUGAUGAUUAAUCUAUCAAACUUCUUCCAUCAGACUGGGCUGUGAUGAUAAAGUAGGGGAUGCUGGGUCAGUUAUAACAUGCCAUGUUCCAAGUUUGUGCAUAUUCUGCUCAGAAAUAUUCGAGUCCUCAUCUUGCCGCAACACCAGCCGAUCAAUCAGGUGGAUGCUUCAACUAUGUUAUACUUGGCUAGUGGCUGGGUCUCUGUAAAUUCGCUUGACCAUGGAAUUGCCUGUGACCAUGUAACUGGAUGGUUUGUUAAAACUCGGGCGCGCUGCUGGAGUUGCAGGUUGUACCAGUAGUGCUUCGGAUGGUGUCUUGUGAAGUAUUUAUGGGAAGUUCUAAACGGCAUGUUUUUAA